AAGUCAAGUUUGUACUUCCUGUGUAGGAAGGGGGUACACAUUUGAAUGAUUCAUGGCCUGAAAAAGUAGACAUCGCACAUAUUUAACGAUAUAUUGUUAAAUAGCAUCGUGCGAAUAUUGUUCUUCAUAAUGAAUUACAUGCCAGGGACAGCUAGCCUCAUUGAGGAUAUUGACAAGAAACAUCUUGUUCUUCUUCGAGAUGGAAGGACACUAAUCGGAUUUCUAAGAAGUAUCGACCAGUUUGCUAAUUUAGUUUUACAUCAAACUGUAGAGCGCAUCCAUGUUGGGAAAAAGUAUGGAGACAUUCCCAGAGGAAUCUUCAUUGUCAGAGGAGAAAAUGUUGUUUUGCUUGGGGAAAUUGACCUGGAGAAGGAGAAUGACACUGUCCUGCAGCAGGUGUCCAUUGAGGAAAUUCUGGAGGAGCAGAGGUUACAACAGCAAGCUAAGCAGGAGAUGGAGAAGGCCAAGACGCAGGCCCUAAAGCUGAGAGGACUGUCCAUCCCUCGAGUUGACAUGCUAGAUGAAUACUGAGAAUCUCUGCUGUAGGGUUUUCGUUUUUAAAAUUGGACUGAAGCUCAACCUGUAAAUGAAAGUUCUGGGGGGAAUGAGAAGACCAAAUGAACGAAUUGGACAUUUCUUUUGAUGGAAACAAAAGAUCUUGCAUUGAUGUUUGGACAGUGGUUAUACACAUCUGUUUUUUAUGCUACUUCAGGUGAGGACAACCUUUACAGACAGAAGGUUUUUUUGUUUUAUUUUCCUUUCGAGAGGCAAUCAAAAUCAAGCCUUUAAAACCAGAAAUUGAAUUAAGUGUGGCUUGUGUAAAUUGUUGCUCAUGUUAAAAGUAAUCCUGCAGAUGAGAACACAAUACUGUCAAAAGUAGGGUAGGGAGACACAGGUUGUAUUAAAGAUGUUAUGCACCUCUCUGGGAAAUGGUAUACUUACGAUAUUUCUAUGAAUUUUACUUCUAACUGCAACAAAUACAUACUACAGUUAUCUGAGUUUUUAUUGCAAACUGGUGCUGUUCCUGCUUAAUUUAUCAUGGACUGUGCAGAUGCACAUGUGCACAUGUAACAUCAAGCGCUUUAAUUGAAAGGAACGGAAUAUAUGGUUUGAGAUCUAAGUCCUGGCCGUGACUUGAUCUGCAUAUUACAGUUGGUUCAAAGGUAUACUUGUAUUGAUGAUGUAAUUUUUUUUUUUUUUAAUUUUUUUUUUUAAAAGUCAGGACUGCAAAUGAUUUUAGAUGAUGGUCUGAUAAAUGUAUGGAGCUUGGUGCUCGUCUUAAGUGUGAAGCACA